ACGACGGAGCUAUCUCCCAGGACAAAUGGUUGAUAAUCCGUCAAAAAAUGCUGGAGGUGUAUUGGAAAAUUCUCAAAGAGAAUCCCGGUCCAUCUCCGCAGAAUGAUGAUGCUGGCUGGUACCAAGGUCACAUCAAACUGCUGGCGUGCACGAACGAGCGCUCAGCAAACUUGCUUAAGUUGGCGGUUACUACGGUUACGUCUAUAGGGGAAGUGUGGCCCGGCGCGAAACUUGACGUGAUCCCGGUUAGUGAGAUACCUCGCAGACCGAGAUCAAUCACGGUUAUUCCGGCGGAACCACACGAACCAGAGGCGAUUCUGGCGUACCUUCAGAGUGGAAACCCUGACCUACCUACCCACAAUUGGAAGGUAGUCAAGGUCUCCGAACCUGAAGGUGCUAACAGAAAGGCGGUCGUGGUCCUUAAUAAGGAAUCGUUGCCGUUACUCCGAGAGAAGCAAGGCAAAGUAUACUACGGAUUUGAUAGUAUCAAGCUGCGCGUCUACCGGGGUGACGACAAACUAGACCCCAAACCGGUAAGCACGGACGGAGGAAAGGUAGACGAUACCACUAACUCUGACGACCAAAUGGACGCCCAAUCAAGUACAGACUUGAUUGGGAAUCUAUUUGAUAGCCAGGGCGAAGUGAUUGACGAAGACGAGCUUCUGAAAACAGACCCAGAAGACGCCGACGUCACAAUCGUCUACGACCCUGACCAAGAUGAAGGUGAUCCAAGUGAACCUUCACCACUCUAAAGCAGCUUCAGCUGCAUUACACCUCCACCUUGGAUAUCAAGGGGAGGAUAUAGCGUUGAUCCAAGAGCCGUGGACCCAUAACGGCAACAUACUUGGAAUCAACGUAAAAGGCUAUAAAAUACUAUACGCAAAAGGCACAGUGAUGAAGAUACAGUAACCGCAGCAUGGGAGACAGAGGAAUCCACAAUGUGGAUCCUCUCCUGCUAUAUGGCGCACGACCAGACAGACCCCCCGCCAAGUAACACGGUCGUCAGGGCAGUAAGUGCAGCAAACGGAAAACGCAUCCCUGUUAUUAUAGGCGCAGAUGCAAACGCACACCAUACACUAUGGGGUAGCACCAACAUCAACACACGAGGUAUCACAAAGGGACCAACAGGACCCAAGUGUGCGUCUUUGCAGCCUGAAUACCUAACCUAACC